UGGUGGGUACCAUGAUGCAGCUCACUAAGCAAAAUGGCGACUGCCACAGCGGCCUUCCCUCAGCAGCAAGACCCAAGUGAUCAGGCUGUAGCAGCAGCUUCUUCUACUACUACUACUACUCCUGCAAGUGCCGAAGCCCUUUUGAGCAGUCCUGGGGGGUGGCACUCCUCGGGCUCCAUCGGGCCCUUCUUCACCGUGAUGUCCAUCCUUGCAGUUCUUGCAUUCAUCUCGUGCGCAAUUGGAAGGGCCUACAGCCGCCGGGUGGACGACCCCACCAGAGCCCCACCCGAUAGCACCAACUGGAGGAGCGUGUUCGGGUGGAUGAAGGAGAGGUUUCACGAGCUUGCUUAUGGUGGAGCGCAGUUCGGAUCGAGAUUGAAGGCAGCGAGUUUUAAGAAAAGAGGAGGUGGCGGAGGCGGUGCUCCAGGCGGAAACGAUAAUCCCCCUCAACCUUGAUGUUAAUAUUUCCAACUUUGAAAUGGUUCAAAGAUUCAUUUUGGUGGAUCUGUUGAAAUAAAGCCAUAUUGGACUAAAAUUUCAGUUUGAUCUCUUUCUCGACA